CCUUCUUUAAGUGCUUUUACACUUUGGAUGGAAAACCAAAACCGCAAGAGAGAAGAGUACAGGCAGCAGCUACAGAUCUCACACCCCCCUACGCUUUGCUGACCGUGGGACAAGCUUUGAUCGCAUAACAGGUUACAGGGGUCGCUUGCUGUUCUGGCUACAGAGUUCACAUUUCAUGACGGGGGGCAUGCAGGCUUGAGAUUUGCAGUAAAAAACCUAAUACCCAGUAAAAGAAAAAGCCAUUAACACUGAUUUUAUGUUUCUCCCUGCACUUUAUUCUGUUCAAAUUCGAUACUUUGCGGUUUACUAAGAACGCGGGCGCUUAGCCUAUAACCUUCGGUCUUAAUCGCCGUCUCUCUCUAUAUACUUUUUUUUAUCUGUCUCUAACAGCCGCAUUGUCUUAUUAUACUUCAAGAAUCUCUCGUCUCAAUCUCACGCAUUAAAGCGAUUGUCUUUCUCUCUCUCUCUGUCGACUCCUUCUCCUCCUUGUGGGCUCUUACUUUCUGGGCUCUUGCUUGUUUUGUUUCACUCGGAGAAACCCAUUUGUUGUUUGGUCUUUUUGAUUCAGUUUUUGAGCUUCAUUAGUAGACCCAGAGAGCCUGUAACAGUGAAAACUCAAAUUGGGGACGGAGAAUCACGUAUGAGAUUCUUCGAACUGAAAGUGUUUUUGGGUAUCUAGGCAGAGCCUAGAAGUUUAGGGAUCGCAGAAAAUACGAGAAGAACUGUAUGAAGUAGAGCCGAAACAAUGAGAGAUGGAAACUCCAAGAAAAGCAAGCUCUCAUGGUCCAAGAGAAUGGUCUGGAAGUUGUUCAACAUCAAGAGUAAAAAUGAGGAAUUUCAGGCUGAUGAUGUCUAUGGAGGGGGUGAGGUAGAAUAUAGGACUAGCUUCUCAGAGAGGGAACCAAGCAGAAUCAAAAAGAGCAAAACUGAGAAAUUUAGCAGAAAUGGAGAGUCAGGCAGAAGAGGCAGAAUGAAUCUUGAUUGCCCGAGGAUCAUAGAGGUGCAGAAUUGCAGUAUUUUUGCAGCUACGUGGAAUGUGGCCGGAAGAUCUCCAACAAGUAACUUGAGUCUUGAAGACUGGCUUCAUGCUUCACCUCCCGCAGACAUUUAUGUUCUUGGCUUUCAGGAGAUAGUUCCUUUAAAUGCUGGCAAUAUUCUGGGUGCAGAAGACAAUGGUCCUGGUAAAAAGUGGCUGGCUCUCAUUCGAAAGACAUUAAACAAUCUUCCUGGAACUAGUGGAAGCAGUGGAUGCUAUACACCAUCUCCUAUUCCCGAGCCAAUUGCAGAAAUAGAUGCUGAUUUUGAGGAAUCUGCUAGGAGGAGGAACUCACCUUUCUUCCAUCGCAGAUCAUUGCAAACACCCAGCAGCUGGAGAACAGACACUGACCAUUCAGUUCCCCAACCACGACUUGAUCGCCGAUAUAGUGUUUGUGAUCGAGUUAUAUUUGGUCACAGGCCAAGCGAUUAUGACCAAAGUUAUAGAUGGGGGCAGAGGCCUAGUGAUUAUUCCCGGUCUAGUGAUUAUUCCAGGCCUAGUGAUUACUCUAGGCCCAGUGAUUACUCCCGGUGGGGUUCCGAUGAUGAUAAUGUACCUGUAGAUUCACCAAGUACUGUAUUAUGCUCACCGAUGUACUAUGGUGGAUCCACAUCCACUGAAGAUGGACAUAGGAUGCCAGGGCAUUCAAGAUACUGCUUGGUCACAAGUAAGCAAAUGGUUGGAAUAUUUCUCACCAUAUGGGUGAAAAAUGAUCUGAGAGAUCAUGUUAAAAACAUGAAAGUAUCUUGUGUUGGCAGAGGAUUGAUGGGUUACCUUGGAAAUAAGGGUUCUAUUUCUGUCAGCAUGCUUUUGCAUCAAACAAGCUUUUGCUUUGUUUGUAGUCAUUUAACCUCGGGACAGAAGGAGGGUGAUGAGCUAAGAAGAAACUCUGAUGUCAUGGAGAUUCUUAAAAAGACUAGGUUUCCAAAGGUUCAUGGUGCUGGUGAUGAGAAGUCCCCAGAAACAAUCCUUGAGCAUGAUCGAGUUAUUUGGCUUGGGGAUUUGAACUAUCGCAUUGCUCUCUCAUAUCGAUCUGCGAAGGCACUUGUCGAAAUGCAAAACUGGAGGGCUUUGUUACAAAAUGACCAGUUAAAGAAUGAGCAAAGACGCGGUCGUGUUUUUGUGGGAUGGAAAGAGGGGAAGAUAUAUUUUCCUCCAACAUACAAGUACUCUACCAAUUCAGACAGAUACACGGGAGAGGAUAUGCAUCCGAAGGAGAAACGCCGCACACCUGCUUGGUGUGAUCGGAUACUGUGGCACGGGGAAGGGCUCCAGCAAUUAUCGUAUGUCCGUGGGGAAUCAAGAUUCUCAGAUCAUAGACCAGUUUAUGGCAUAUUUUGGGCUGAAGUUGAAUCAAACCAUAACAACCGAUUGAAGAAAAGCACAAGUUAUUCUAGUUCCAGGAUUGAGGUGGAGGAGCUUCUGCCAUAUUCACAUGGAUACACUGAACUGAACUUUUUCUGAAGGAUGUCACCAUUCUCGCCAUUCUUCGGGCGGGAAUCUCUUUGAAGAUUUUGUUUUUUGAAGGGCGAUGGAGACAUCCCAUUGCCCACUAACCAGAAAAGGUGUAAAUUUGUAAUCUGGAUCAUCAACUAACUCCACACAGUCAAAUCUGCUGAUAAAGUUUCUAAGAGAUGAGCCGACCCAAUCAGGAGCUGCCAAGUGGGUUGAAGAAGAUUGAUUCUUUCAUAUUCUUUAUUAGAUUAGGUUUAACAGUUUUGAACUUCUGAUUAAUGAGAGAAGGUAAAAAAGAAGAUGUCAAUACAGUGAUUUAGGUUCUUGCUUUUGGUUUAAAAUGCAGAAAAGAAGUUAUGUUCAGAUAUUCAUUUCUGAAGUUAUAGAAGAAAG